AUGGCAUCAUUAAGCGGACAAACGUAUCAAGAGGAACUAUUUUCGAUGUUAAAAGAGCCGAAUUAUUAUAAUCAACGGGGUGAAAUUGCUACAUUUUAUUCUGGAAAAAAAAUUUUUAUAACAGGAGGCUUAGGAUUUAUAGGGAGACUUAUAAUUGAAAAACUUUUGAGAUGCUGUCCAGGAAUAHCAACGAUUUAUUUGCUGAUAAGGGCAAARAAACAGAAGGAUCCGCAAACUCGAUUUAAAGAAUAYUUCMAUGAUGUUAUUUUUGAUAGAUUGAAGAGAGAGCAAAAAGAUGUCGAAAAGAAGAUUAUUCUGAUAGAAGGAGACACGAGUCAAUUGAAUAUAGGAUUGUCAGAGAGGGACCGCGAACGCAUUAAAGAUACCGAUAUAAUUUUUCACUGUGCAGCAUCCGUACGUUUUGCGGACAAUAUUCGUAUUAUAGUUAACAUAAAUAUCAGAGGAACAAGAGAUCUUCUCUUGCUUGCACAAGAAAUGACAAGCUUAAAGGCUUUUGUUUAUGUUUCAACGUCUUACUCGCACUGUGUAUACAAUAAAAUCGAAGAAAAAUUCUAUAAGCCACCCAUGAAGACAGAAGACAUAAUUAGAUUAACAGAAAUUUUGACCGAAGAUCAAUUAGAUUUAAUUACCCCAAAGCUACUGGGUAAGUGGCCCAACACUUAUGUAUUUUCAAAGGCAAUCUGUGAAGAUACUGUACGGCAAUAUUCUAAUGGAAUUCCAACUUGUAUCGUUCGGCCAUCCAUUGUUAUCCCAACGGAAAAGGAACCAAUUGCUGGUUGGAUAAACAAUUUGUAUGGAUUUACAGGUGUUAUUUAUGGUAGCUCGRMAGGUGUAUUACGAACACUGUAUUGUGAUGACAACUUAGUCUGCGACAUAAUUCCUGCCGAUUAUGUUGUCAACAACAUUAUUGCUGCAGCAUGGGACGUGGGACAAAAACGCAGAGAUAACAAAUACUUACCCGUUGACGAUGAGAUUCCAAUUUAUAAUGCUGUUUCCUCCAUUCAAAGACCAGUUACUUGGGGAAUUAUGGAAAAUUAUCUAAGAACUAGCGGAUUUGAAAUUCCGUCGAAAAAAGUGUUCUAGUACUACAGCUUAUGGUUUAACACGAACUAUUAUUUCCAUAUUUUUUUGACAAUUUUUUUUUCACUGGAUACCAGCAAUUAUAGCGAACUCCUUAUUAUAUCUCAGCGGAAGAAAACCAAUAUUGCUUAACAUCUUCAGAAAAAUAGAUAAGUUUAAACAUGUAAUUAAUUUCUUUAYAACUAAAGAAUGGGAAUUUACAAACGAUAAUGUAUUGAUGUUAUGGGACA